AUGUCUACUCCUCAGGAUCAAAGCACGCCCGGCAUGAGUUCCUCCUCUACAACCGAGGGGUCAUUGAACAUCAACAGAGAUAUCCCCCAAACUACAUCUUUCCGUCUGGCCGUUGGCAACAAUCCUCCGUCAUAUCAAGUCACCGUUGAAGAUCAUGACAAAAUCAAAGUCGAGGGUACAGAGCACUCCAUUGGACAAGCCCCCGAGCCAGAUGAUCUUUACUCCGACAGCUCUGUCACCUACAUAGCAAGCGAUAACGUAGACCGCAUCACCAGCGACAGCAGCAGUAGCAGCUCGGUCUACACAGAGGUCUACCGCUCCUCUCCUCCACCAAUGCCAGACAUCCCGGACGACUCCGCCGUCGAAGCCCAAAUCGACGAAUUCCUCCAAGCCCGCAUGCUUGCCAUCCGCGCCAUCCGUGGUCCACUCCCCACUGACUACGAGCACCUCGACUUCUACUCCCCCGGCUAUCAGCCUGCCCCGAGAUUCCAAUUCCAGAUGCUACCCAAUGGCUACCUACCCCUCCCGCAGAUUCGGCGUGAUCUGUUUAUUCUCAAUGCGAUCUACCCGGAGCAUUCCAACUUGUUUGUCCUGAUGCUGGUACUCUACGACAACUGUGAUCCACAGGACGAGAUGGUUCUGAGGUCGAUUAAUGCGUUGCCGCAUAUGAGGUACUUGGUGGGGCUUUGUCGGACGUGUUUCUUGGUGGUUGGAGGUGGGAGCGUUUGUUGUGGGCAGGUAAUUCCAGAAUAG